AUGGAAAGGGGGGAAUGGGUCGCUGAUACCCAAGAAGCAGGGUGCAGGGAUGACAUCAAUGAGGAGUACAUUCUGGAGUUCAGUGACGACCAGUUUGAUGCCUUGGUCGACAAUGUUGAGGAGGUGAUCCAUGAUAUUAGGGGAGAAGAUGAGAUGAUUGAAGCUGAGCUGCAGAAUGAAGAUCUGGACAAUUACCUUGAAUGUGGAAUGUCGAGGUACAAGCGUCGAAAGGAUGGUGGUGAUGAUGGAGAGGACAACAUGGAUGAGAGGGAGAAGAAGGGGACUCCUAGGAAAGUUGCAUGGUACUUUCCUCUUGUUUCAAGACUGCAGCGGAUGUUUGCAAACAAGAAGGAGGCAAAGUUGUUGCGUUGGCAUGAGGAGGGCCGUAAUAAAGACGGAAUGUUCGGUGAUGAUCCUAGGAAUAUCAGACCGAAACAACCCAGUGAUAGAAUAUAUGUGUUCCUCCAGCCCCUCGUCGAAGAUCUUCAGCUCCUUUGGGAUGGUGUGGAGGUUAAGUAUGCUGUCGUCAAUAAGCACUUCACUUUGCAUGCUAUGCUGAUGACUACCAUUAGUGACAAUCCGGCUCAUCGUAAUUUGUCCGGGCAGAGCAAAAGGAAGGGUCAAGGUUGCUCCCACUGCUUGUCAGAGACAUGUUCCUUGAGGCUGAAGAACUCAAACAUAUUUGCAUAUAUGGGCCAUAGACUAUGGCUUCCGAAGAAUCACCCAUACCAAAGCAUGGACAAAAAGUUUGAUGGUACAAGGGAGACAAGAAAUCCUCCACCACAUUUGUUAGGGAGUGAUGUGUACAAGAAGGUUAAGGAUGUCAGAACAGUUCUCGGCAAACGGAAAUGUGGAGUUGAUCAUGAAGGUGAUGAUGAUGGUCAUGAUGAAGGGAUCUGGAAUAAGAAAUCCAUUCUAUGGGAGUUAGAGUAUUGGCACAUCUUAGCAGUCCGACAUUCAAUUGAUACCAUGCAUUUAAAGAAAAACAUUUGUGAGAGCUUUGUCGGUACAAUCAUGAACAUAAAGGGCAAAGGAAAGGACUAUGAGAAUGCCAGAGCUGAUCUUGAAGAUGUGGGCAUUCGUCCUGAGCUUUAUGUCAAAGAAGCAGAAAAUGGAAAAGCCCUUCCUGUAGCCGCCACCACAAUGUCCAGAAAGGAGAAGAAAGAAUUAUGCCAAUUCUUGCAUAGUAUAAAAUUUCCCUCAGGAUACAAUUCCAAGUGUGCUAGGCUAGUCAGCGUGAAAGAACUGAAGUUGAAUUUCGCCAUGAUGAAGUCUCAUGACUGUCAUGUGCUUAUGACGUCAGUACUGCCUGUAGCAAUAAAGAAUGUGUUCCCUGUGAAAGUUCGUGAGACAGUAAUGAGCCUCUACUUCUUCAAUGCCAUAGAGCAAAAGGUCAUUGAUGAUAAGUUGCUGACAGCUCUAGACAGACAGUUACAUGAGACACAUUGUCUGAUGGAGGCCUUCUUCUCUCCGACAUUUUUUGAUAUUAUGGUUCACCUCAUGGUUCACCUUGUACAGGAGAUACACUACCUUGGCCCCUCUUACCUCCACCAGAUGUUUCCUUAUGAGAGAUACAUGGGUAUCCUGAAGUCAUUCGUAAAGAAUCGGAAAUAUCCGGAGGGAAACAUCAUCAGCCAAUACGGGACCGAGGAAACUGUUGAGUGGUCGAUGACUUACUUGGAUCCAGAUAACCUAAUUGGAGUGCCUCAUUCAAGACACGAAGGGAGGUUGGAUGGGGUUGGGGCUCUGGGCAAGAAGUCUAUGAAUCCAGAACAGAAAACAUACGAUCAAGCCCAUUUUCUUGUCCUAGAACACAUGGAGCUGGUGGAGCCAUAUGUACUCAAGCACAAAUAG